UCUCAAAAUAGAAUGCAACAAUUGGCUCAAAAUCAAAUGAAUAAUUUAAGACAACAAGCAGCCGUUGCAGCUCAACAACAACAACAAGCUCAAGCCCAAGCCCAACAACAGCAACAACAAAAUGAUGGAUCCAGUCAUAACUCCCCUGCCAAUAGAUUAAAUCAAAUCAGUCCUCAUCAAGGUCAACAAGCUUUACCAUUACAACAACAACCACAAGGUCAACAUCCAAUUUCUAUCCAACAACAACAACAACAACAACAACAAUUUGCAGCCGCUCAACAGGCUGGUGCUGCUGGAUUAGUGGCUAAUGGACCACCUGCACCAUUUAAUCAACAACAAGGUCCUCCCCCUCCUAUGAAUGCCAAUACCGGUUUAAUCGUUACUAAUGGUACCGCUAAUGGUAAAGUACCUCAAAAGAGUCCAAAUAUGAAUAAUGGUCUUAAUAAUAAUGCCAAUAGUAAUGCUAAUUAUAUCACCACUACAAAUUCUGGAAAUAAAGUGAAUGGAACUGUAGGAGUUCCAAUUAUGGGUGGAGCAAAUGGAGGAGCUGUGGGUAAUAAUCGUAAUCUGAAUGCUUUACAAGAUUAUCAAAAACAAUUAUUAAUGUUGGAGAAGCAAAAUAAGAAGAGAUUGGAUAUUGCUAGAAAUAAUGGAACUUCAGAUCAAGCUAUGCUUACAUCUGGUGGUCAACCUCAAACUCAAAAUCAACUUACUCCAGGUGGAAAUCAUCAAUCACCAUUACCAACUCAACAACAACCACAAAUCAAAAACCAAUUCAAUCAAAAACCAUCCCCAUCUACUGCAAGUAAUUCACCCGUUAUUAAUAAUAAACCAUCACCUGUGAUAGGUAAUAAGAAGAAAAAAGAACCUGCUGCUAAAAGAGGUAGAAAAUCAAGUACUGCUUCUAAUGCAAGUGUUUCAAAUGCUGCUGCCACCGCCAAUAAUACCACUAAUAAUAAUGGUGCUACUAAUAAUUCUAUACCUGUAACUAAUCCUAGUACCACACCAUCAUUAUUAAAGAAAGAAUAUUCGACUCCUUUAACUCCUGCAUCUGAAAAUGAUGGUAAGAGAAAGAGAAAGAAUACAUCUGUAUCGGAAUCGCCUAAGAAACAAUCAACAAUUGGUCCAAUUAUAAUAUCUAAUUCUACAUCCCUCAAUACUAAAAACGCUACUAAGAAAGAGAAAACCAUCAAAGAAGAAGAAGUUCUUUCUACUACGAGUGAAUCAACUCUUAAGAAAACUUCAGGUCUUAUACUGGAAGAUAGUAAUAUGCCACCUCCUGCCCCUACCACUACAACAUUUGCUAAUCCAUUGGAAGGUAGUGAUCCAAUGUUUGAUGAUAUGUUGGGUAAUGGAAACAGUGAUCCUAGUGCAUUUUAUCAACCUUCUAAUAAUGGUAAUGGCGUGAAUGGAAGUGGAUUGGAUGAUAUUGGAUUUGAUUUUGAUCAAUUUUUAAAUAGUAAUGCUGAUGGUAGUUUGAAUGAUAGUAUGAAUACCUUCAAUUGGGGUGUUGAUGCUAUUGAAAAUGGUGAGUGAGUUGAUGAGCAGAAAUAGAUAUUAUCUUAUUACAUUAUAUUAUUAUUAUUGUUAUUACAAUUCGGUUUUCGGUUUCAUUAUUAGUCACAUUAUUAUUCAAAGUUGACAAUUAAUUAAUUACUAUUAUUCUAAUUCUUAUAGUCUUUUAAAAAGGCUAAUUGUUUUUAUAUCUUGCUUUUAUUUUUAUAUAUUCUAUUCUUUUAUAUAAUCUUUUCGACAUAGUUUCAAAUUUAUUUUGUAUUUUAGUAUCAAC